AAGUAAUCUGAAGACAGACAAAAUAAGAAACUAUAACAAAGUAAUCUGAAGACAAAUUUCAUUAAUCACAAUACACAAUCCAUUGUAUUUUGAAGCAUCAAUUAUACAUAAUGCAAAAUAAAAAAAAAAUCUCCAAUGAUGAACUUUUAUUAUGGAACAAAUGAGAAUAGUAAAAAACGAUUUUACAAUAACCUUCAAUUCUAUUAACCCUCACGACUUCUUCCUUUUUAUCCCAUCGUCAAUGGCCCCCAAAUGCGACCAGACUGUACCAAUGUUGAUGAGGCAUACGAGUUCUUGCCACCAAGGUCUUUGUUCACGGAGAGACUCAUAAGGAUGAAUAAGGCUAAACUCCAGUUCAAAUCUGCACUCAUUUAUGCCUCUUCUCCUUGGAUGCCAACGAUUAAGACCAGUAGAUUCGUGAAGCUUGAGAGUUUAUGUGAUGUUACAGAUGGCGGACAGAAGCAGAUUGGUCCAGGGGCAGCUCAAUCCUCUAUGAAGCAGAAUAGUCCAGGGGCUGUUGGAUCCUUUAUUAAACCAUCUCAUACUCAGCUCCAAAGGAAACAAAUUGGUGCUAAUAGAUAAAAAAAAAGGGGGAGAAAUCGCAACCCUAAAUUCAUAAGAAUCCCAAAUAAAUUAUUUACCUCAAGUCAAGACCUUGAGAGAAAAACGUAGGUCCAAAUGGAAAGGGAGAUGAUAGACACAUGGAGGGGAAUCUGUAAAAAUAUGGAUUUGAAGGAGGGGAGUUGGAGAAGAAUGAGAAGAAUAGAGAAAGGGAGAAGUGGAGGCCAUGGGACAGAGGAGCGUAAGAAAAUGUGGGGCGGGCUAUUUCGGUAGAGAGG